GUGAGGGAGGGAGCGGCGCGGGCGGGCGGCCGGGGGGGGGGAGCGAGGGAGUGACCGCCGCCGGCCCCGGGGGAGGGGCAGCCGGGCCGGGCCAGCAGCAUGGCGGCCGCGCGGGAGCCUCCGCCGCCGCCGCCGCCGCCUUCUCCUCCUCAGUCGCCGGCCGCCAUCGCUCGAGCGCCGCGGCUCGCCCGCCGCCGUCGCCGCGUCCCGCCGGCCUGACGGGGAGGGGAGAGGCCGAGGCCGAGCGCGUGUGAGGGAACGAGGGCCGCCCCCGGCCGGGCCAUGGAGCUCGCCAGGCCGGUCUUCCCCGCGCUGCCGCAGCCCAAGGAGGACUCGGAGGAUUGGACAUACCCAAUGAGAAGAGAGAUGCAGGAAAUUUUACCUGGGUUGUUCUUGGGCCCAUAUUCUUCAGCUAUGAAAAGCAAGCUACCUAUACUUCAGAAAAAUGGAAUUACCCAUAUAAUAUGCAUACGGCAAAAUAUUGAAGCAAACUUUAUUAAACCAAACUUCCAGCAAUUAUUUAGGUAUUUAGUCUUGGAUAUUGCAGAUAAUCCCAUUGAAAAUAUAAUAAGAUUUUUCCCUAUGACUAAGGAGUUUAUUGAUGGCAGUUUACAGACUGGAGGAAAAGUUCUUGUCCAUGGGAACGCAGGGAUUUCCAGAAGUGCUGCCUUAGUUAUUGCGUAUAUUAUGGAAACAUUUGGGGUGAAGUACAGGGACGCAUUUACGUACGUGCAAGAAAGAAGGUUCUGUAUUAACCCCAAUGCCGGAUUUGUUCAUCAACUUCAGGAAUACGAAGCCAUCUAUCUCGCCAAGUUGACUAUCCAGAUGAUGUCACCUCGGCAACUGGAGCGAUCACUGUCUGUUACUACAGGAAGUUUGAAACGGACCCAUGAAGAGGAUGAAGAAGUCGGCAAUAUGCAAGCAGCAGCACAGAACGGUUGAUGCUGAGGGCCCCCUAGAAUUGUGGGCGGGGCAUUUCCAUUCACUGGCAGGUGCUAAUUUCAGCAGGAUUCAAUCAGCUGAAUAUUUACGGGAGGGGGGGACACAAGCCCAACUUCCAGAUGCAAACCUGCCCCUCCAAUAGCACACCAGGCAGCAUUUUAAGGUAUUGGACUCCUGGACUGACUAGAUGGCACUGAUUGUUUUAUUCCUUUUUUUACACUUUAUAGUUUUACCCUAAACCAAGACUUUUGGACUUGCAAAGAGGUAUUAUUGCAAUAAUGCACUUUUCAUACUUGAAAUUUCUUUAUUUGUAUUGAUAAAGUUAUUACUUUAAACAAAAUGCGAGUUUGGGUGGGGAGGAUUUGUUUAUAAAGUUAUUUGUGUAAUUUAUAACAAGAGUCUUUAGUAAAAAAACAACAACCACCAACUUCUUAAAAUUUA